AUGGACAUGCGAGGGAAACUAAGCGAAUGUCGCUCCAUAUCCCACGACACCCUGCGGAGUGGCUCGCCACGGGUGGCGCAUUUUGAUGGCGAAGUUCCUCCCGCACUCUCCCCCCUCGACGCAUUCGCCGCUCAGAGUCGAUUUCUUGCCCGGCAACUCGAUGAGUCUCGACGAGGAAACCGCCGCAUGAGUCGGCUGCCGCCGUCGAGUGUGGCACGAUCACUUUCGCAAGGCCGCCCGGGCUUCUACCGUUCCAAAUCAUCGACUGAAUCCCGCACAGAACUGACCCGGCAACCCACGCAGAAGGGACUGCCGGAGUUCGAAGACCCCAAGUACCGCCCUAUCUCCGAACAUCCUCGGUUGAGCUCAAUUUCCCAUGCCAGCACUGAGGCUAGCUAUUACGAGGAUAAUGACAAUGCGACACCUCGGACAACGAUGUAUAACACUGGCCCGGAGACCUAUGGGAUGCCGCGCGCCGAGUCACCAGAGGAGGUUGCGUCACACGCAAGUGGAGCGGAGGAUGCGCCUGCUGGUGUGGCGGUUGCUAAGCCACAAGGUUCAUCGAUCGACUCAGCUUCGCGACUGGACGUCCCACGCACCUUGGCACCACCAGUGUCACCGCGGUCGCGCCCAUCCAGUAGUGCCAAGGUGACACACCCUGAGAGUUCUGAUGAUGAUUACAGCAGCUCCAAUGGUGGGUCGACCUUCUCCCAACCUCGAAAGCUGUCCUCUGGAAGUGCUGCGUCAUUGCCAUAUUCCCCCAUGUCGACAUUCCCUGCACGACCCCACCCUCGAUCACCAUCCUUGAGUUCGGAGACAUCAGGAACGGGGACUAACCACCUCCCCCGCCCUUCUUUCAAUUUCUCUCGACCUCUGAGUCGGUCCAGUACGAGCUUGUCUGCUCCUGGAGCCUCCACGCCUACAGAACCGAUCCUUGCUUCUGGGUCGAAUCAUAUGCACCGUCGCAGCAGGCCUACUCCGCUACAACUUUCGACCGAAGAUGUUGAUGCAAUGGCGGCCAUGGAUGGUGAUCCGUCGUCCGCCGUCUCGUCUUAUGUGUACGCCAAGUACGCGCUUCCGCGCGGACGCUUCAUGUCACGGGAUUCCGUUGUCUUUGCGGGCUUGCAAACACCUCAUUUCGAGUGGGAGGAGCCCCUAUUCGAGAAAACUCCUCCCCGGCACCCAGAGGAGCGGCCGCGGAUGACACGAACACCAUCCCCUACUCCCCACCGCCAAUUUGAGCACUCACCGAAGCCUCACUCGAUGUACGAAGUUCCAGCUUGCAAGCCUGAAAUCCCGACCCCGAUGCCGAUAUUCCAACCUCAAUCUCCACCUCAAUCCCCACCUCAGCCUCAGCCUCAGCCUCAACCUCAACCUCAACCUCAAACCCCCAAGUCUCGACGAACCCCACAACCACCGCCUGUGUCCGACUCGCCGGUGGAGCCUGCAUCACGGCCCUCUGUUGAGAACACCAGCCAGACGAUCAACGACAAGGAUGAAACUGCCUCUUCUGCGGAUUCGGCCAGCACCAUGCGGCCCCAAACCGCUGCCGCUCAGGUGACGGCUUCCGGCCUCACGGCUGAUGACCAUGUCGCUAAGGGCAUUGAAUGCCACGAGCGAGGAUCCCUGAGUGAAUCGACGUAUCAUCUGCGGGUUGCCGCGAAACAGGACCACCCAACGGGAAUGCUGCUCUAUGCGCUUGCCUGCCGACACGGCUGGGGCAUGCGAUCCAAUGAGAAGGAAGGCGUGCGAUGGUUACGCAAAGCUGUGGAUUCCGUCGGAUUGGAAAUGUUGGCUGAUCCGGAUGCUCCCGGUGCGUCGAAGGCGAAGGAAUUGCAAAAGGCAUACCGGGCUCAAUUUGCUCUGAGCAUUUAUGAACUGGGCGUCAGCUACUUGAAUGGCUGGGGUAUCGAGCAGGACAAGUCUCUUGCGCUGCGCUGCUUUGAGAUCGCCGGUCAGUGGGGGGACGUUGACGCCAUGGCCGAAGCUGGAUUCUGCUACGCGGAGGGUGUUGGCUGUAAAAAGGAUAUGAAGAAGGCGGCACGCUUUUAUCGCCAGGCUGAGGCCAAGGGUAUGAGUAUGGUUGGAAAUAGCUGGAUCUACAAGGACAAAUACAACGAGGUCGAGUCCACGUCCACAUCCACUGGACGCUCCCGUGGCCGAAAUGCCAGCGGAGAGAAGGACAAGAAGCCGCGCAGCAAGUCCCGCACUCGCAGUAUCUUCCAACGCAAGAAGUCCAAUGUGUCGGAGGCAUAG